GCCUUCCAACAUUUCACCACCGCAGACCAGGGAAGAACAUGCUAGAGAGAUGAAUAAAAAAAAUUUUGGUGUGGAAAAUCUGACUUAUCCAAUGCAGGUAAGUAAUUACAGGUUCUAGAGACAUCAAAAGGAGUAAUAUUAUAGAGUAUCUUUAAAUGAAGAUACAGAUGAGUUUAUGCUAGGUAUGGGAGAAAUCCUUCUCAUAAUCUGAAUAGGCACUAAAGGACCAGAAAAACUUUGAUCAGGUAACUCAAAGCUCCGAAGUUCCAAUUUGGUGAAUUCUGCAGCUCUUCAUAAGGAUCGCUCUAUGAUAUCACUCAAUGCUUUAUUUCUAUCCCCAAUAAAUUGUUAUGAUACUGCUGAAUAAAUUGAAUGCAACCAUAAAUUCCAUUUCACGCUCUUAAGGUGCAAGAAGAAUCCAGUAAUGUGAUAGACAAGUUUAGCAUAGUCAGAAUGUGUCAGCAAUUGUAUGGCUGAAAUAGUAAGCUCUAGCUACACAGACCUCUCUUUCCCAUAGGAAUAAACACCUGUGUUGCCUGGACCGUGCAUAGAAUAUUUGACUCCACAUAGAUGUAAGUUAUCUUCAAGCCUCUUCUGUGGGAGAUUCUAUUUUUCUGCUGUAUCCACUGUUGGGAAUUAUUCAAAUAUUCUGUAUAUUCUCAGAGCAAUGCAAAAAUUUUGGCACUCCUGGUCAAAUUCCUAAUUGCAUGAAAGAUGGUUUAAGUUCUACAUAAUGUAGAAUUAAACAUGACAUCUUUAUAUACAUUUGGAAGCUUUCUAAUGUGCAGCUUGCAAAUUCAGCAUAAAAGAACAAUGAAUAUGAUAGGUACAAAAGUUUGUUCACCCUCUCAGUAUUUGAAACACUUGGCAGAUAUGCAAUUUCCAAAUGCUUCCCAUAGAUAGCUAAUAUUGUUUUAGGAUUCAUGCAUACACACAUACUUUUUCUUGCAAAGCCUUUCUCAGAAAUAGUAGGCCUUCUAUAAAUAAACAUGCAGUCAGAUUUGCAGGAAAGUGUCAUAUUCACCUUUUUACCAUACGAAGGUUUUAUGAGCUAUUAAUUUUGCACCAAAUAACCAGGGAUGUCUAAGCAUUUACAUAUAAUGGUAUAUUCCUAAUGAUAGCAAAGUGAUCCUUCAAUCAGAAUUGACACUAAUUCAACCUGAAUCUAUAGUACUGCAACCUUGAAUGUGUUCUAAUGGAUCUGAUAUUGGUUAUACUUUGCUUUUUUCUUUUUGUGAAAAGAAAAAAAAUUCUCGGGGAUUGUCACAAUGAAUACUGAAAAGGCUGAUAAUUUAAAUUCUUAGAAUAUAAAUUCCUGUGAGGGUUAUAGUUUAUUGGUUUGGUUUUACAGGAUGCAGUUGAAGGGAAGAAAAAUAUAGGUAACAGGAGGAAGGAAAGUGCAGAAUCUGCACUAUUUUUCUGUGUAAGUAUGUUUAGUGAAUAGCUUUUUUUAGGCCAGACAAUCCCUAGAACUCAUCCCAUGAUACUAGUUUUGUACUUAUCCUCUUCACAACAACAGUUUGCUAUCAUAAAUCAAAUGGAUCAAGCUAACAUGCCAUCAGAAAUACCAAGCCUGUUUUUCCUUCACUUGCAGGUGCUAUAUAAAUCAUGUUGGCACAGGAUAAAAAGACAGAGUCCAUCUUUUAAUUUGGUAUACUCUUAGGGCAAAACAUACAUGUCUAUAUCCAAACUCCCAAGUUGAAUUGUCAGUUUACACAGAUUUAUUGUGAGGCUUCAGAUUUGAUCUAGUUGUGAGUUGUACAUAUACUAACCAAUUAGAGAAUAGUGAGAAAGAACAGGAUAUGCUCAUUUUAUAAAUACCUCCUAACACUCCCACAACUAUCAAAAGAGCAGCAUUUUGCUUCUUAAAUUUCUUUUCACGUUGUCUUAUUUUACUUCUCUCUUAUUCCAAUAGUGGGUGGCUGUAAAGUGAGUGUGUUUGGGGUGAUUCUUGCCUUUUGGGGAAGAACAUCAAGAGCUCCCACCUGACUACGGGGAUCAGUUAGUAUAUUUAGUGUAUAAAAUCUGCUCUAAUCUUGACUCUACAUAGAUGGUAAUGAGUCCGAGAUUCAUUCUCAAAUUCCAUUCCUUCUUUGAGCUGAGAUUUAUCUGUCUUGUCUUGACUGCAGUUCUUCCUUCUCUUCCUCAAGGCUAAUUUCACAGCUCAUUAUAGCUUGUUAUAAUGGUAUCUGUUGAGGGGAAAUACUACUGAAGGAGCAAGUCUAUGAUUUGGGUUUCAUCCUGGACUUACAGCUCUGUAGGAACAGCAGAUGGCAAUAGCCAAGAGGCCUUUACUCAGUUCUAGCUGGUUCAUUAAUUGCACCUCUACUUAAGAGAAGAAAAUAAUACAGUGACUCAUGCCACCAUCAUCAUUACUUGAACUGUUGCAGUACCUACUUUGGGCCGCCUUUAAAGCAGACAUUACAUCUAGCUUAAAGUACUGUAGUUUCUAUGUUAGCUACUACUCACUACAGUGAAAGAACAUUAUGGUUGUGUUGUGAAUCUGGACUGGUUACCAGUAGGCUUUCAGGUACACUUGAAGAGUUGGUUUUUACGUUUUAAUUUUUUUUAAUGGCAUACUUUCAGGAUUCUUACAGUAGAGUUGGCUCAACCAAUUUUGCUGAGAACUGCUGGUGGUUCUCCAUUUUUUAAGAAAGGAAGAACUUAGAAGGUUAAAAUUCAAGCAUGCUUUUCAGCAGAGUACUGCUCCCCUGGAACUCACACAAACUUCAAAUUGGACUGUCUUCUGGAAGAAGCUAAAAAUGAACUAGAGGGCAGUUUGGGAUAUGAUUCUAUCUGGAAUGGUAUGUUAAUGGCUGCUGAACCAUUACACCAUGUUGCAGGUUUUAUGAUGUUUUAUGUUUUUAUGUAAAUUGCCAAUUGUUGAUGGGGCCUAAAAAUCCUCCAAGACCACUGCAAGAGAUUUUGUGUGUCUGCCUGUUUUGUCUUCAUCCCUCAUCCUAGCAUAAAUUUCCUGCUCAGUUGUAAACAUUUGAUCUGAGGAUAAAUUAGUCUUUUGUCAAUACUGGAAAUUCUCAAUAAAAUUACAAGCAUAUUAUUUUGUAGAGGAAAUUGUUGCUUGUUUCAGUGGUUUCAAAUAUGAGUUUCCAUGAACUGAAUCCAUGGCCAAAUGAGCUGGAUAUCCAGGACAGAGACAUUGAAGAGGCUCCACAUUUUGAAGCCCCAGUCUUUGUCCUUUCAAGAUAGCUUUUUUACAUUACUGUUCUUUCCAACAGGUUUCUCUGAAAUGUUAACUGUUCCCUAUGAGUCUAGGAUAACUCACUACAAGACAGAAGUUACACUAAUAUUGAAAAUAAUAGUGGAAUAGAAUUAUUAAAGAAAGGAUGCAAAAGAAGGGAUAAAAUGAAAUGUGAAUGACAAAAAUUAAAAUAAUGUUUUAAUUAUUUUAAACAAUUAAAUCGAAAUGUUGAAUUCUCCUGCGAUGAGUUGGUCUGUGGUGAGUUAUCCCAUUCCAAACCUAAAUGUUUGCAUACAUCAAAUCUAUUUGCCUGCUGAAUUCUAACUUGUUUCUGUAAUGUGUAAAGUAUUCCCCUUUGCUACCUACUUUUCCCUUAUCUAUCCAGUUUUGUUUUCCCUCACCCCCUCCCUAAUUUCUAUUCCCUUCUCAGGGCAGCUAUUCCAAUCUGAGGUUUUUAAUUUGAUUAGUUUCUGCUGGAAGGAAGAUUUAAAAAACUGUGUUUAUAUAUUUUAGUGCAACAUAGAAGUUGCUUGCCUGGGUGACAGAGUGAGGACAGAUGAAGAAUCAAUAUAUACAAAAGGGUUUCCUUAUUUUAUAAGCAACUAGUUUUAAUCAGGAGCUCUUAAUUCACUUAAUAUUAAUAAAUAUUAACAUAAUUCUAACCCUAUCUAGCUCACUCUUUGGGGCGACUUUAGGCACCUAUGUUAUCAAUUUAUUAGCUGCUUAAAGUCGCCCCAGUGAGUGAGCUAGGUGGUAUAUAAAUUUAAUAAGUAAAUAAUAUUUGGGGGGAAAACAUCUCCAGGAUGAUUUCAGCUGGAGCUGGCAACUCUGUUGAUAGCAUAGGGAAGUUGGACAUUAUACAGCAUUUUUUUUGUAUUUAUUCCUUUUUCUUGAGCUCAUUUAAUAGUCACAGGUCUUUUCUUCAGGGAAAUAAGGUUAUGCUUUCUGCAGAAUGCAGUCUGUCUAUAGUGGCUCUUUCAUAUAGUCAUCAAAUAAAUGCUAACUCUCAAGUAUUUUUCUAGAAAACUUCUGACUUUCAGGUUGUUUUAAAAUUGUCUGGGUGAUGUGAUAUUUCCAUUAUUGUUUUCACCAUCUAUUUAAUGGAUAGUUGUGUUUUCUUUCUCAAGAAGUAUUCUUUGAUUAAUUUGAAAUGUAUACACCUAGAGAGUGCUUGGCCUCUUUUCUGUGCUGUAUUUGAAAAUCUUUCAUACCUUCUAAUUGACAGAAUUUCAUUUAAGUGAACUAGUGAUUUUUUCUUGCCUCCUGACUUAAUCAAAGAGAAGCUGACACUGCUACUAUUGUUUUUAAUUUCAUCUUCUUACUCAUUUUCUGAGCUUGAAAGAUAUAAUAUUAUAAGAUUCGGGUGGGGUCAGUUCUGUUCCUUCUGAAGAACAACAAAAAGUACGUAGUAAAAGCUCCAUCAUUAGAUAAACCCAUUCCCAUUUCCUCUUUCUAAUUUUUUCCCUUCAGUUGCAGAGGCACAAUAUGCGUUCAGGGCUUUAAAAUACAGGUAGUCCUUAUAACCAAAAUUGAGCCCAAAAUUUGAGCAGGAUAGUGUGGUCCAAACAACCAUUUCUCCAACUUCUAUUCUUUUCUUUUUCAAGGUUUCCUGUUUAGCCCAUCAAGAACAGGAUCUUUUCUUUUUACUGGCCUGCAGAAGCUUAAAAUAUGUAAUUUACCAUUGUCAGUAACAUAUGCAAUAUGAUUCUAUUAAUGUUUAAAUGCGGCGAAAGCAUGCCAGUUCAAAAUCUGUGUGCAUCUCAGAGUUAUUAUAAUGCAAAAUGUACAAAGGUCUUCUGCAGCUAAGCUCAGAAAGCAAAUAAUUGACUUGCAGUUGCACGUUAGGCAGGAUAUAGCAAUUCAAAAGGGUCCAGAUCCCUAGGGAAUAUGGUAUUUUCUAAGAUAGUUAUCAUAGCAUUUUUUAAGAUACUUACCCAAUAGUUUGAACCCUACAUAACUUGAGCCAGAGAUAGCCAUCUUUGGCCAAAAGUUGCAUCUUGCUCUGCUUAAAAUUUCAAAUUCUCCACACACACAAAAGGAACAGAAAAAAUGAGUGGGAUUGAAAGUAAAGAUGUGUGUAUAAUUCUGCCUCUAGCCAUUGCUAGUCAAAUACUUAUCAGAGAUAUAAAGGAGGUAUAGAAACACUUUAGCAGACAAACAACACAUUUUCUUAAAUAUAUUAGUAACUUUUACCUACCCCCACUUUUUUCUUAAAAUUGAAAGUAACCUAUUCUGAAAUUACUUUACAUAUUUUUAAAACAGUCUCAAUAUUUUUGAUCAAGUAAUGCAGGUAAGCCUUCUCCGCUUCCCUUCCCAGGCCUUCAAUAACUUAUAUGUGCUCCGUAAUGAAAUACAUGGACAUCACUAGAUGGUCAACACAGAAAUCAGAUUGAAUAUGUGCUCUGCAGCCAAAGAUGGAGAAGCUCUGUACAGUCAGUAAAAACAAGACCAGGAGCUGAUUGUGGCUCAGAUCAUGAGCUUCUUGCAAAAUUUAAGCUUAAACUGAAGAAAGGGAAAAGCACCAGGCCACUCAGAGCACAUCAUGAGAAAGGCGGGGCUAGAUGAAUCAAAAGUUGGAAUCAAGAUUGCUGGGAGAAAUAUCAACAACCUCAGAUAUGCAGAUGAUACCACUCUAAUGGCAGAAGCGAAGAGGAACUAAAGAGCCUUUUGACACGGGUGAAGGAGGAGAGUGCAAAAGUUGGCUUGAAACUCAACAUUAAGAAAACUAAAAUCAUGGCAUCCGGCCUUCUCAGUUCCUGGAAGAUAGAUGGGGAAGAAAUGGAGGUAGUGACAGAUUUUAUUUUACUGGGCUCCAAGAUCACUGCAGAUGGGGACUGCACCCAAGAAAUUAAAAGACGCUUGCUCCUGGGAAGGAAAGCUAUGGCAAAUCUAGACAGCGUAUUAAAAAGCAGAGACAUCACCCUGCCAACAAAAGUGCUAAGCAAUGUAGUUAUGUGAUGUCAUGCUAUACAAUCAUAUCACUUUUGAUAAUCCGGGUCCUAACUGCUAUCAUAAUCUACUUCUAAUCUAAGGCAUAUUUUAAGGCCAUGUUUGUUCUUUCCCAAGAAAAUCAAGGCAGCCUAUGUAAAUCUCGCCUUAGAUUUUUCCCAUAACAACUCUGAUAUAAAUUGGGCUGAGAGAGUACAAUUGGCCCAAAGAUAUCCAAUGAUUUUUCAUUAUUAUUCAUCAAAUUUAUGGUCAUCCAUUCCAAAUGACUCUGGGAAGCUCAUAACACCCAAAUAGAAUUAAAAUUUUUAAAAACAUGAUAGUAAAAAAACAACUAGCUGAGAUCCAGCUUUUGGGUAGUUGCCUCAAAUCGAAAGAAAUUAUGUCCAAGUAAGAAUCUGUUUUCUUUAAGAAUAGAAUAGAAUAGAAUUUUUUAUUGGCCAAGUGUGAUUGGACACACAAGGAAUUUGUCUUGGGGCAUAUGCUCUAAUAAAAUGCACUGAGAGAUGAAAGGAAUAGGGUUACAAGAAUUCCAGCAAUUGUUGCAACUAUUCUCAAAUAUUUGUACUAAUUCCAAUUUAGUACUAAUAUUAAAACAACCAUUUUUAGGUUUUUUUCUGCCUUGAUGCAGCACAGAGAUGGAUCUUUUCAUUGGUAGAGAGGUCUGCAGCUGGCUGCUUACAGAAUGGUCUUCUGGAGGAUGGAUUUAAACCAGUUUUUUCCCCCAAUUUCACGAAGGACUACUAUAUUUUGAAUAGUUACAUUACAUUUAACCAUACUUUUUAAGAUUUCUUAAAUGCUGCUUCUCUAAUACUCUCUUUCAAGGAAGGAGGGCGGUUAACAUCAGUUAAGAGCAGAUCCAAAAAGCAUUUACUUUUUGUCCACCCUAUCCUAGAUCAUAUUUGCUACUAUGCAUGCAGACAAUUGGAUGAAGAACAAAUAGAGCAGUAGAAAAUGAGAAAGGUGCAGGCAACAGAUAUAGCCUGUUGAUAUAAAUGAAGACUAGAGGUAAGGGCCUCUGGUGGCUCAGCAGACGAAGUCUGUCUGUUAUUAACACAGCUGCUUGCAAUUACUGCAAGUUCAAGUCCCACCAGGCCCAAGGUUGACUCAGCCUUCCAUCCUUUAUAAGGUAGGUAAAAUGAGGACCCGGAUUGUUGGAGGCAAUCAAGUUGACUUUGUAUAUAAUAUACAAAUGGAUGAAGACUAUUGCUUAACACAGUGUAAGCCGCCCUGAGUCUUCGGAGAAGGGCAGGAUAUAAAUUAAAACAAACAAACAAAAAAGUAGAUCUUCAAAGAUACCAAGUUUUAGGAAAGUGUUGCAACUGUAGUCCAAGGGAGAACAAGGUACCUGAGGCUAACUGGAGGACAAUAUUUUGCCCUGGAAAGAGACAGAAAGAGCUCAUUCAUUCUGUAAGUUUCAGGAAACCAAAUAGCAGCAAACUAGAAGUAGGAAUGGAAAUUCCCACAAAGACCUUUUUUUGCUUGCAAGAGUUUGUGUUUUUCUUUCCUCAGCAAGCCAGGCACAAAAAAGAAUAAAACUGUCUGAAGUCUUCUGGCUGAGCUGAGUGGAAAUUCAGUGUGAAGGCAGUCAAGCUGUGCUUCUUGCCCUAAAAAAAAUUCAAAGAAGAAAUGGAAAAUGCUGUAUGAAAGAGGGAACCUUUCAAACUUCAUAGCCCUUUGGAUUUUCUGAAGCAUGACACAAGGUCCUGUCUCAAUCCAGAGAAAGAUAAAGCAGCAGACAUUCACGUAUGCCUGUUGUUAGGACCCUGCUAUCUGGCAGACUCAUGGAGGCAGGCAAUGCAAUUCCUAAGUCAUAUCUUUGCUCGCUGCCCUGCCUUGCUGCAGGACAAAUUUGCUCAGCAUUCCUUCUGAAAGAACUGUAAGGUAUGGCAAAACAUAUAUCCUUCUAACGUGGAUGUACCUCGAUAAAAAUGUUGCCUUUCUAUGAGUUAAUGUCAUACUGUAUAAUGAGCCAAUCAAAGCAAUAUUCAUAGAGUGUGUUAUUUGGCUAUUAAGAUAUUUUGUUAAUUGUUGCAUCAAUCCUAUGUGUUUUGAUUGCUGUAGCCAUCAUGAAUCCUUCAAGGAGCAGUGGCAUUGAAAUGAAUGCUAGCCCAAAGAACUAACUUUGGAGAAGAAGACAGCUUUUUUGAUUUCCAAAAUAUGCUGAAGCUAUCAGACAUUCUAGUAUCUGUAUUUGUCUUUCCUUGGAAAACUGGGGUGGAUGAGCAAACUGAAAUAAGUGGUUUAUGAUUUAUCCCAUGACUCACCACUAUUUUCUCUAGCCCCAGGAUGUCUGUGCCACAGCACAUCAUAUCUCCACAAGCAUGAAGAGGAGGGUCAUAUUCUUUUGCUGACCUUUGACAAAUCCCUCCUUUCAAGUUUCUCCCUCCUCCUCGUCUGUCUUUCAUUCUAGCUAGUUAUAAUUUCAGAGAGCGGUUUGGAAUCGGAACACCACUGCUUAGGCUCCUCUGUUUCUGCUGCUGCAAAGAUGAAUCAGAAAAUUCUUUUCCUCAUGCUCUUUCUAGCCUUUCUAGCAAUUUUUGCUUUAGUAUGUAUCUUGUUGACCAGAGGCGGAAAGUAUGACAGCUGUGCUUCCCAAUCUCAAGCUUUAACUGAAAAUCUAAAUAACAAAUGGAGUUGUCUCUUCGCUGAUUUAUCACAAGAGGAAUUAGUCCAUGUAGUACAGUAUUUGAAAUCCAACCUUGGAGGCACCUUGGAAGAUGCUUCUCAUGCACAGCCUUCUGAUAACUGCAUUUACUUUGUUGAUUUGGAGUUGCCCUCUAAAGCAGACACUUUGUCAUUUCUGGAUCAUGGAGGAAGAUGCCCACCUAGGCAGGCUUUGGUUGUAGUGUAUUUUGGAAAUCAGCCAGAUCCAAAUGUUACUGAAUAUGUGGUGGGUCCCCUCCCACAGCCAUUGUAUCACCGGGAUGUGACAGUGCAAAAGUAUGGAGGACAAGUGCCAUAUUAUCGCAGACCUUCACUGAUUGCUGAACACAAGCAAAUGGCCCACUUUCUGCAGAGUACAGUGUUCCCCACAGCCCCAAGGUUCAUGCAGGAAGUAUUGAACUACGAUGGAGCCAACCUAGCAGCAAUGACUACAACGCCAAAGGGAAUGAAAUCUGGGGAUCGUGAAACUUGGUUGAUCCUGUACCAGAAUGUAACUGGCUACUUUUUACAUCCUGUUGGACUUGAAGUGCUUAUAGACCAUGGAAGCCUGGAUAUUACCCAUUGGAUUGUCAAGAAAGUAUUUUAUGGUGGCCAAUACUAUAGAGACAUGGCACAAUUGGAAAGAGAAUUCACAGAGGGGCAUAGGCAUGUGGAAAAGGUGAACAGAGUUCCAGCUGAUGGGGGAUUCUCCUCAAUGAAACCCAGGGUGCGUCAUGCCAAACUCAGUUCCCUGAAUUAUGAACCUUUUGGACCGCAUUACAGUGUGAAAAACAAUCAAGUCCACUCUGCAUCCUGGAGUUUUGCCUACCGAAUGGAUUUACGUAGAGGGCCACAACUUUUUGACAUUAGGUUCAAAAAUGAAAGGAUUGUGUAUGAGCUUAGUGUACAAGAUACUAUGUCUGUCUAUGGCUCCAACAACCCUGGUGGGAUGUCUAUUAGAUACAUGGAUGGGAGUUUUGGAAUUGGAAAGUUCUCAUCUCCUCUUAUGCGAGGGCUUGACUGCCCUUAUUCUGCUACGUAUCUUAAUGUUACCUUCCUAGCAGAAGUAGAAAGACCUCUCAUUACGCGUGAUGCUAUUUGUGUUUUUGAACAGGAUAUGGGAGUUCCGUUUCGACGUCACUUUUCUAAACUUCACUCUCUGUAUUAUGGAGGGCUACAAAGCAUAGCAUUGGUCUUUCGCUCUAUCUCCACCAUUGGCAAUUAUGACUAUAUCUGGGACUUUGUAUUUCAUCCAAAUGGAGCAAUUGAAAACAAAGUCCGUGCCACUGGUUAUAUAAGUUCAUCUUAUCUCCAUAAUGAUGGUCUAGAAUAUGGAAACAGAGUUGGAGACUACACUCUGGGAACAAUUCAUACACACUUUGUUGGCUUUAAGCUGGAUCUAGAUGUUGCCGGUACAAAAAAUUCCUUGGUUACCAAUGAUAUGACUUUUGAGACAGUGAACACACCCUGGAACCCAGACCAUGAGAUUCGGAGAAUGAAACUGGUGAAAAAGGUCUUGGAUACCGAAGAUAAAGCUGCCUUCCGCCAUAAUGAUAAGAUGCCAAGAUAUAUAUAUUUUGCAGCAAACAGCACAAACAAGUGGGGCCAUAAGCGUGGCUACCUAAUCCAGACAAUCAGCUUUGCUGGAGAGCAUCUCCCAGAGGCAGAUCCAAUGGAGAGAGCUAUCAGUUGGGGCAGGUACAAGCUGGCUGUCACCAAGCGAAAGGAGAAAGAACCUUGCAGUACCAGCAUCUAUAAUCAGAAUGACCCAUGGACACCUACUGUUGCCUUUGCAGACUUUAUAGAUAAUGAGACCAUUGUUGAUGAGGAUCUGGUUGCUUGGAUCACCACUGGAUUUCUACAUAUUCCCCAUGCCGAGGAUAUUCCUAACACUGUGACACUUGCAAAUGCAGUUGGUUUCAUUUUAAGACCUUAUAAUUAUUUUGACAAUGACCCCUCCAUUGACUCACCUGAUAGUGUGUUCUUCACUGACAAGGAUGACUUCAACUCCUGUGAGAUCAACCAUAUUGCCUGCCUUCCUAAAACAGCUGCUUGCGUACCCAAUCUUCCACCUUUCACUUAUGAAGGUUUCCAAAAUCUGACAGUGCUCUGAUACUGUCUAGGCUUUGAAUCAAUGCUGCUGUUUUCAUUUGAGAGAAUACAGUAGUGGAAAUAGUCGAGCACAAAAUCUAUGUGUAGGAUAGCAGUUUUGAAAUCUUUAUUGUUGACUGUGUUUCACCUAAAUCUUAGUUCUGUUGGCAUUGUGCUCACUUGUGUUUGCAGCUUAUCUGUAUCAGCCAAAUACUUCUUUUUUAUCCAACUGCUUCUCCUGUUAAUUUUUUAUUUGAAUAUUAUAUUAGAUAUAUCUGUAAAAUACAUUUAAUCCCCACUCUGAAAGUAAUUGUCUGGUCUGUAUUUUUGUAACUUGUCCUAUCAUCCAUCCAUCCAUCCAUCUAUCUAUCUAUCUAUCUAUCUAUCUAUCUAUCUAUCUAUCUAUCUAUCUAUCUAUCUAUCUAUCACCUAUCUGUAUUUUUAUAAUUUGCUCUACUAUCUACCUAUCUGCCUACUGUGGAUAUAAAAGGUUUAGAUCCUCUUGUUAAAAUGUCAAAUUUUUGAGAUGUAAAAAAAUCAAGAUUAAUCACUUCAGAUUUUUUCCCACCUCUAAUAUAUCAUAUAAGCUGUGCAAUUCUAUUGAAAAACAAACUGAAAUUUGGGGGGGGGGAUAAAAAGUUUAUAAUAACAUGGUUUCAUAAGUGUACACACCCUCUUAUAAGUAGGAAUGUGGCUGUGUUCAGAAUUAACCAAACACAUUCAAACUGAUGUUAAAUAGUAGUCAGUACACAACUGCCAUCUAUUAAAAUAACUCUGAUCAAGCCCAUAUAAAGUUCAGCUGUUCUAGUAGGAUUUUUCUGAUGUUUACUAAGUUGCCUCUUAUAGCAAAAGAUACGUCUUCAAAGAAUUUCUAAAGCAUCAAAGAGUCCUUACUGUUGGAAGAAGAAUGAUACAAAAAUUUUUUUCUAAAACAUUGAUUAUACCACGGAACGCAGUGAAGACAGCUAUCAACAAGUGGAAAAAAUAUGGUACGACAGUGAUAUUAGCAAGAACUGGAUGUCCUCCAAAAUCGAUGAAAAAAUAAGAAAAUUGGUCUAAGAGUUUGCCAAGAGGCCUAUAGCAACAUUAAAUGAACUCCAGAAAUUUCUGGCAAGUACUGGCGGUUUACCACAUCUGACAACAGUGUCCAUAUUCUUCAUAUAUCUGGGCUAUGAGGUAGGAUGGCAAGACAGAAGCCUUUUCUUACAAAAACAAAAAAACCAGCCAAGCCUGAAUACGUUUUGCAAACAACUACUUCAUAUCUCACAAAAGCAUAUGGGAAAAUUUGUUAUGAUCUGAUGAGAUUGAGGUUGAACUUUUGGUGCAAAAACAACAUUGUUCGUCAUCAAAAGUACACCGCAGUGAAGCAUGGUGGCAGCAGCAUUAUGCCUUGGAGCUGCUUUUGUUCAAUUGGAACUGGGGCUUAAUCAGGAUUAGGGUCGAGGGAAUUAUAAACAGUUCCAAAUAUCAGUCAGUUUUGGCACAGAAGCCUCGGGCUUUUGCUAAAAUGCUGAAGAUGAAGAGGAAUGUCAAAUUUCAACAUCGCAAUGACCCAAAGCAUAACAAAAGAAUGGCUUAGCCAGAAGAAGAUGAAACCUUUGGAAGGAAACGUGAAUCCUUCGGGAGAUAGGGCGGUAUAUAAAUAUGAUCAAUAUGAUCAAUAAAAUCAAAUUGAAAUUCCUGGGGAAUACCUGAAGAGGGUUGGGCACAGGAGAUGCCUUCACAAUCUGGCAGAUUUGGAGUGCUUUUCCAAGGAAGAAUGGGCAAACGUUCCCAAGGCAAAGGUGGGCCAUCCUACCUUCAAAAGUUGAAUGCUGCCAUAAAGGUGCUUCAAUAAAAAUGUGCAUACUUAUGCAACUAUGUUAUUGUAAGUUCUUAUUUUUCCCUUAAACAAUUUCGGUUUGUUUUUCAAUUGAAUUGUACAGCUUAUGUGUUAUAUUAAAGAGAGGGAAAAUAUGAAGUGAUUUAUCUUGAUAUGAUUUUCUUUUUACAUCUCAGAAACCUGGCAUUUUAAGAGGGGUGUGGACUUUUUAUAUCCACUGUGUGCGCAUAUGUGUGAGUGAAUGACAUAAAUUUUAAAAGAAUAAAAAUACAAAUUUUGAAAGAGAGAAUUAAUAAAAAAAGUAAUAAGUGAAAAAAGUACCAAGAAAAGAAAAGGCUUCUGAUUUUCUUAAUAGUAUUUACAACUACAUUUAUAUAUUAUUCUCUAAAUUUGAUCUAUGGAUCUGAUUUUAAAAAAUUAUAAAUGCCAUCAUAUAGAGGUUCUGAUACAGUUCUACAGAGGAAUUACUGAGUUUGUCAUCUGCACUUCUAUAACUGCCUGGUUUGGUUCUGCAACCCAGCAAAACAGGCACAAACUUCAAAGGAUAAUUAGAACUGCAGAAAAAACAAUUGCUACCAACCUGCCUUCUAUAGAGGACCUGUAUACUGCACAAAUCAAAAAGAGGGCUGUGAAAAUAUUUUCAGAUCCCUCACAUCCUGGACAUUAACUGUUUCAACUCCUACCCUCAAAAUGAUGCUACAGAGCACUGCACACCAGAAUACUAGGCACAAGAAGAGUUUUUCCCCCGAACACCAUCACUUUGCUAAACAUAUAAUUCCCUCAACACUGUCAAACUAUUUACUAAGUCUACACUGCUAUUAAUCUUCUUAUCAUUCCCAUCACCCAUCUCCUUCCACUUAUACUGUAUGACUGUAACUUUGUUGCUUUUACACUUAUGAUUUAUAUUGAUAUUGAUAGUUUCCUGAUUGCUUAUUUGUACCCUAUGACUAUCAUUAAGUGUUGUACCUUACGAUUCUUGAUGAAUGUAUCUUUUCCUUUAUGUACACUGAGAGCAUAAGCACCAAGACAAAUUCCUUGUGUGUCCAAUCACACUUGGCCAAAAAAAAAUUCUAUUCUAUCUAUUCUAUUCUAUCAAACUAAGUUUUCCAGGAUUCUUUAUCAGAACUCAUGAUUAAGUUCCUCUGACUGUUAACCAGAGACACCAGCGUGUUCUCUAGUUACCACAGUUGACGAUAAAUAUACUGCAUCUAGACAGAUCACAGUGACACUGUGGAUACAUUAUGUUAAGAAAUCAAUAAUAAAUGUUUGUUUUAGUAAACACAUGUUAUGCUAAAAUGUGGUUUGUUAAACUACAGUUAGUCUUCGAAAUGCUCAUGCUAGUUGUUUUGCCAGUUUCUAACCUUUUUCUUGCCUGUUUAGUUGCUAUUAUUUUAUAUCCUUGGAUUCUUUGAAAGCUUCUAUGUGGCAAUAAAAAUCAACGAGCCAGAUCUACAAAUAAA